AUGGAAGUAGCAAAAGUAGAGAAUCAAAAUACGCAUUCCUAUCCUUUCAUUGCCUCUCGAUUGUAUCCUUGGCUUGUAAUCCUUGAUGUUAAGCAAGGACAGAGGCAAACUUUCUUCGACGUAUCAAAAAAUCAUUAUCAGACAAAAAAUAUUCCUGAGAUGUGCAACAAACUAAUAUACGCUUGUUCUCAUGGAUGGUUGGUUUUGGUUGAUCCUGAUUCAAAGGAUUGUUAUCUUUGGAAUCCCAUCUCUUUAGAAAAGGCUCUGCUCCCAUCAUUGAAAUCCAUUAAUUACAGCUGCUGCAUUCUAUCAUCGUCUCCAAGUGAUCCUGAAUGUCAUAUCUUGUUCUUCAAUAGAUUGGAAAACUCUCUUUUAGUUUGUCAGAAGGGUGACUUUGAAUUUAACGAACAAGUUGUUAUAUUUGCUGAAGAUGUUAAUUUAAAGAACGUUGCAAUGGUUGGAAAAACAAUCUAUUGUUUGGCGUCAAGAUAUACUUUGUAUACAGCUGAAGUUGUGGGUCGAACAGUCCAGUUUACACGAAUUAUAAUGGAGGAACUUCCUUGGCCAUCACCUUUGGACCUUCCAAGAUUUGAUGCUUUUAUCGUUGAAUCUUGUGGUGAACUCUUUCUAGUUCACAUGAUGUUUUUUGGAUUUCGCAUGGAAGAGGUCUAUGGAUUCUUUGUCUUCCGAAUGGAUUUUGAAGAGAAGAGGUGGGUUAAAGUGAAAAGUAUAGGAGAUCGAACUAUUUUCUUAUGCCAGCAUAAUAACACUGGUUGCAUGUAUUCUUUGGCAACAGAGUUGGGAAUUAAAACAAACUCAAUCUACUUUACGAUGAACUACCAGAGACUUCUUUACGUGUUUGACUUGGAAAAUCUAUGUAUUUCAAAGUCUUUACCUUGUUCUACUGUAAGCCGUGAUUUAACACAAUAUUGGGUAAUGAUUUAG